AUAAAAUGACACAACGUAAGACACAGUCUUAAUUGUGUGUUUACAACAAGUAGUCAUGUCGAAAAUUGAAUUUACUGUCAACGGAAAAUUAUGUUCAGUGGACGGGAGUCUCUCCCGCGAGACGUCUCUGAACGCGUACCUGCGCUACGUGCUAUGCCUGCCGGGCACCAAGGCCAUGUGCCACGAGGGCGGCUGCGGCUCCUGCAUCGUCAUGGUGCGCGCCCGCCGACACCCUAGCGGGAAACUCGAGACCUUUUCCGUCAACUCUUGUCUGGUGCUGGUCUUCUCUUGCCAUGGAUGGGACAUAACAACUGUUGAAGGGGUCGGAAACCGUUUGAAAGGAUAUAGCGAUGUUCAGAAGCGGCUCGUCGCGUUCAACGGCACCCAGUGCGGGUAUUGCUCUCCUGGAUGGGUCAUGCAUUUGACGAGUUUACAAGACAAGAACCUCACUAUGGCCGAGCUAGAGAACUCUUUUGCCAGUAACACGUGUCGGUGUACCGGGUUCAGGCCGAUCCUAGACACGAUCAAAUCGUUCGCCAUCGACGCGACUCCGGAGCUGCGGCAACAGGUCAGAGACAUCGAGGAGGCCGGCGUCGGCGCCUGCGGCAAGAGCUGCGGCGGCUGCACGAGGAAGUGCUCCAUACAGAGUGACGGCAGCGACUGGAGCGUCGUCGAAGAACUAGAAAAGGAAAGCACCAUUUAUUUGGACUUUGGGAAGUCGAAAUUCUUUAAGGUCUACGAAGAAAAUGAGAUAUUCGAAAUUUUGGACAAGUAUGGACUGGAUUCGUAUAUGCUCAUUGAUGGAAAUACUGGAAAAGGAAUUGUAGAGAACUUUGAAUAUCCAAAUCAUUUGAUCGAUAUAAGCGGAGUAACGUCAUUGAAAACUUACACUUUCGAUCAGAAUCUCGUGCUUGGAGCCAACGUGUCUCUCCAAGACUGCAUCUCGAUAUUCACGGAUGCCGCGAAGAAUAAAAGUGAAUUCGCAUAUUUGGCUGAAUUCGCCAAACAUUUCGACCUUGUUGCUCAUAUACCUGUUAGGACCAUUGGUUCAAUUGCUGGGAAUCUAAUGUAUAAGCGCGCAGUACCAACUUAUCAAUCAGAUGUCUUCUUACUAUUUGAAUGCGUGGGUGCUAGGGUUACAGUUCGCAAUAGACGGGGUAAAACCACAACGAUGACUCUAACAAAGUUCUUGAACUAUGACAUGAAGGGAAUGCUGAUGGUGAACGUCGAACUGCCGCCGCUAAGUAACUCGCACAUCUUCAGGAGUUAUAAGAUCAUGCCAAGAAAUCAAAAUGCUCUGGCCAUCGUGAACGCAGCUUUCCUUAUCAAGGUAGGAAAAAGGAAUCUGGUUGAAAGUGCCAGCAUUGUGUACGGGAAUAUAGAUCCUAAAUUCGUCCACGCCUCGAAAACUGAAAGGUAUUUGUACCUCAAGAACAUUUACUCCGAUUGUACUUUGCAAGGAGCCAUUAAAGUGUUGAAUGAUGAGCUGGCGCCUGUGGAGAUUCUUGGAGAACCCUCUGUCCAGUCAAGAAAGAAACUGGGCUUAGGACUGUUUUAUAAGUUUAUCCUCAACAUUUGCCCAGCCGGCACAGCACUGUCUAAAUACGCUUCUGGUGGAGAUUUACUCACCAGACCAGUAACAUCCAGCAAACAGGACUUCCAAACUGACUCCUCACUGUAUCCUAUAAACCAGCCUUUAGAUAAGCUUGAAGGUGCUCUCCAGUGUUCAGGAGAGGCUGUGUACGCCAACGAUAUACCUCCAAUGCCGAGGGAAGUGUUUGGGGCUUUUGUACUGUCGACUGUACAUAUAGGAGAGGUCGAUACUAUUGAUGUUGAGGGUGUUUUGGCCAUUGAAGGCGUUGUUGCGUUAUAUACAGAAAAAGACAUCCCUGGAGUAAACUCUUUCGCUUUCCCCGGCUUCCAACUAGAAACUGAGGACGAAGAAAUUCUCGCGACAAAGAUCGGUUUCUACGGACAACCGAUAGCCAUAGUUGUAGCAAAAACUGAAGAGUUAGCUGCGAGAGUAGCUAAGCAGGUUAAAGUUACGUACAAAAAUGUUAGCACAGCUGCGCCAGUGUUAACUAUUGAUGAAGCAAAGAAAGAUAGUAAGAGAUACGUCGCUUCAGAGUUCACCCUUGAACCAGAAACCAAAGGGAAUAACGUUACGAAAGUAAUUAAAGGUGUAUACGAUGUGGAGGCUCAAUAUCCUUACUUUAUAGAGCCGAUAACUUGUGUCGUUGUACCAGUUGAUAAUAUUUUGGAAGUCUACGAUUCGACGCAAUGGAUGGAUUUAACGCAAGCAGCUGUUGCUAGAUCCCUAGGGAUCAGUGAAAGCGAAGUACUACUUAAGGUUCGUCGCGUCGGUGGCGCAUUCGGUGGAAAAGUAUCUCGGAACGUGCAAGCAGCGACCGCUUGUGCGCUGGUAGCCAAGAAAUUAGACGUGCCUUGUAGGUUCAUAGAACCGCUGCAGACCAGUUUGGCAAUCGUUGGGAGAAGGUUGCCUUGCCAAUGUGAAUACGAGGUGGGUGUUGACGAUGAUGGUAAAAUACAAUAUCUCAUUGCAAACAUAAUCGAAGAUAACGGAUGUAACAAUAACGAGGGUAUUCUCGAAUUCACGUUCGGUUCAUUCCCUAACUGCUACAAGAAAGAAACCUGGAGUGUGAAAACUGGUACUGUUAAUACAGACACGGCGUCUAAUUCAUACAUGAGAGCACCAGGAACCUGCGAGGCUAUAUCAUCCAUAGAGCACAUUAUGCAGCACAUUGCUUUUGCCGUACAGAAAGAUCCAACAAGCGUCCGCAUCGCAAACAUGAGAGAAGAAGACAAUGAUCUCGAAGAAUUAGUAAAGGUUCUUAAACAGGACGCUAACUACGACAGGCGAGUCAAAGAGAUCGAACAGUUUAAUAAAACCAACAGAUGGAUGAAGAAGGCUAUAUCGCUCAAUCUCAUGGCUUUCCCCAUUUUCUAUUAUGGAAAUUACUCUGCUCUUGUUACUAUCUACAGAGGUGACGGAUCAGUGACUGUCACUUCAGGGGGAAUAGAGAUGGGUCAAGGCCUCAAUACGAAAGUAGCUCAGGUAUGUGCUCACGAACUUGGAGUACCAAUUGAAUUUGUAAAAAUAAUACCGUGCAACAGUUAUGUAGGUGCAAACAAUGUAUUUUCUGGUUCGAGUAUUACAAGCGAAAGUGUGUGCUACGCGGUAAUAAAAGCUUGUAAAGUUUUGCGGGAAAGAUUGAACCCAAUCAGGACGCGAAUGGCUGGAGCGUCGUGGUCACAAAUCAUUACAGCUGCCAGUGAAGAACAAAUCGAGCUGACUUCAUUGUACAUGAUGGCGGAUACUGAUAAGGACCUGAGGAAUUACACCUCCUUUGGUGUGGCGAUCACUGAGACACAAUUGGACGUGUUGACUGGACGGUUCCAAAUAGUCCGAACAGAUAUUUUGGAGGAUGUCGGGGUUAGCAUUAACCCGAAGCUGGAUGUUGGGCAGGUGGAAGGUGCUUACGUCCAGGGUGUCGGUUACUUCACGUGUGAGAAGCUGAUGUAUGAUAAAGUGUCGGGCAAGAUGGUGAGCAACCGCUCCUUGAAGUACCACGUGCCACUCGCCUCAGACAUACCUGUUGAGUUCAACGUCAAAUUUAGAUACAACUACAGGAACCCUAAUGGAGUGCUUGGAUCCAAGACUUGCGGAGAGAUGGGUAUUGCUUUAGGACACGGCGUUACUCACGCGCUCAGGCAGUGUAUUAUGGAGUCACGUAAGGAUUCCGGAUAUGAUCCUAAUGAAUGGAUCUAUAUACCUGUUCCAUACGACACGGAAACUAUACUGAAGGCUUUGGAUGUGAAACCUGAAGAAUUCCUUAUUACCAAAUAAUGAAAUAAGGCUAUAAUGGACCUGAAUGAAGUAAUUUACUGACGAAUGCUGUUCUUAUGUUUUGUUGAAUUAUGAACAUACUUAAUUUUUUUUUAUUAAAAAAAAUCCUCAUUAAAAAAAAGUUUCUUUUCAAAUA